AUGUCUACUUGGAAGUCUGCCGGUAUUACUUAUCUUCAAUAUGCCAACAUUUGUGCUCGUGCUGUUCGUAAUUCUUUGAAGGAUGACGUUCGUGCUGCUGCUCUUCGUCGUAACCAAAAUAACCUCAAGUUUGCCAAGUGGGAAAAUGGUGCCCAAAAGGAACAACAAUUCGUUAACCCCCCAAAGAGUAAUUAA